UUCUAUGACCAAUGUCGGGCACUUGAGCCAGUACUAAAUAAAGGUGAAAAUACCAAUUCUCUAAACAGAACUCUGAACAGGAAGAGAACCAACACAACGAAUAUGAGAAGGAAUACUUUGAAAUAUACGGUGAAUACCCCUCUAGGUAUAUGGACUACCAAGAUUAUGUUGAAAGCACAGCAAGUCCUGAGGAAUUUUAUAUUCCAAGAAACGAAUCGUUUUGGCCUUCUGUUCUUUUCCUGGAUCCAGGGGAGCCUGCCAUAGAUUACGAUGCAUUUUACGACACUAAGGAAAAAAAAGAAGAAGAGGGCGAGAUGUUGCAGUUGGUGAGACUGAUUGGAGAGACUGCAUACGAGUAUGAAAAGAGACAGGAAUGUCAGAACAAAAACAAGGUGUUCAGUAAAUCAGACAUCAAGUGCUACGAACAACUUACUAGGGGACCUUGUGCGGAGGACGAAGUGUUUUUUGACCAUGAGGAGACUUAUCAAGGAGAAUGUAGGAAAAAUGUUUGCCAGAACGUCAAGGAAUUGUUACUUACCAAGAAUGGGAGUUCUAGUUGCGUUGAUGUUAAAACGGAUUGCAAGGGUGGUAUGCAACGUUAUUACGACAGGUUUGGUGGAACUGCCUGUGGAUGCAUGAAGAACCUUCUUUAUGAUGAGGAACUAGAGGAAUGUUUUAACGAAUUCUCUCAUGGAAAUUGUUCACAUGGCACUUGGAGGAGAAAUGAAACACAAGCCGAUGAGAAUGUCGCCUUUCCAGCUUUUCCAGUUGGGUAUUGUAAACCAACAAAUUGCAGUGAGGGUGAAAUAGAAUACAAGUCUGGUAUAUGCUACAGGCUCGAUGAUUCUAUUGCAACCAGACAGUGCAAUGGCGAAAUAAUACUUGAAAACGACUCUGAGGAACUUCAUUUAAUCUGCUCUUCAGAUGGCCAAGGGAGAAAUCAAAACGAUAGACUCAAGAAAUACUGCAGAAAAGGAUAUAAUUGGAAUAAUUACAAGAAAAAAUGCGUUAAGUCUAGAGCAAGAUUUGGGUAACCGCCAACAACGUUUUCGAAGAAUAGUUUCCGGAAAUAAUGUUCUCAAGUUUGGUACUGAAAACACCCCGUGGAAAAAAAGUUCACAAAAUAAUCAAUCCUGAGAAAUUAAAACCAUGGACUUUAUUUCCAGGGACUAAUACAUUGCCAAGUGUUUAUCAGGAACUUUUUUCAGACUUUCUUUCCUGAUUCUAGGUUUCAGAAUGUUUUCAUUAAACUAUGUAAUGUCAAAGUAAGUUGCAUGUAAGAUCAUACCUCCUCAUUUUACUCUUUUUUUGUAAAAAGUUAUUUUUUUGAGUUAUGUGAAAUAGAUUGAAAGCAAAUUUAA